GUCUCCAGUAGGCCGUGACAGCAGCGAGCUGCUCGCCAUGUCGACGGUAGCGGCCGUCAGCUGCGACUCCAAGGGCGCCGGGGAGGCACGGGACGAGAAGAAGCCGCUGAAGCCGUGCUGCGCCUGUCCUGAGACCAAGAAGGCGCGGGACGCCUGCAUCAUUGAGAAGGGGGAAGAAAACUGCGGGCAUUUAAUUGAAGCUCACAAGGAGUGUAUGAGAGCUCUGGGCUUCAAGAUAUGAGUGGGGUGAGCAAGAUGAUGUGUGUGAUGAUGACUGUUGUGUGAUUGGUGUACUGGAAGGCUGAAAAAUAGAUUUUUUCUGCAAGUCGCUUCAAAGGACAAAUAUGAUAAAAGAACCUAUCUAUAAAGAGUCUUUAAUGUGUAUCACAUCUGCAGCUUUUCCACUGUUACCUCUUUAUUGCUGGUAUAGAAAAUAUAUUUUUUUCCCCCUUAAUAAAAGUCUAAAAAUGACCAGUGA